AUGGUUUCCAAAAGAAGAUUGUCAAAAUCUGAGGAUAAAGAGAGCCUGACGGAAGAUGCCUCCAAAGCCAGGAAGCAGCCACUUUCCAAAAAGACAAAGAAAUCUCAUAUUCCCAAUGCAGUUGAAGAAAAUGAUAGUGUCUUUGUAAAGCUUCUUAAGACAUCAGGAGUUAUUCUUAAAACUGGAGAGAGUCAGAAUCAACUAGCUGUGGAUCAAAUUAUUUUCCAAAAGAAGCUCUUUCAGACCCUGAGGAAACAUCCUUCUUAUCCCAAAAUAAUAGAAGAAUUUGUUAGUGGCCUGGAGUCUUACAUUGAGGACCAAGACAGCUUCAGGAACUGCCUUUUGUCUUGUGAACGUCCGCAGGAUCAGGAAGCCAGCAUGGGCACAUCUUACUCUAAAAGCCUUAUCAAACUGCUUUUGGGCAUUGACAUAUUACAGGUGAGACUAUGUCACUUUUUCUGUGAACGUUUGAUGGAUGUGAUUUUCAGAAAGGCUAACUUCCUUGUCUUUUCUUCCUGACAUAUCAGGAUGACCAGUGAUGGAAUCAACAUGCCUCGACUAAUUAUCAGUCAACUAAAAUGGCUUGACAGAGUUGUGGAUGGCAAGGACCUCUCCACCAAGAUCAUGCAGCUGAUCAGUAUUGCUCCAGAGUACCUGCAGCAUGACUUCAUCACCAGCCUACCUGAGAUCCUAGGGGAUUCCCAGCAUGCUGAUGUGGGGAAAGAACUCAGUGCCUUACUGAUGGAGAAUACUUCACUCACUGUCCCUAUCCUGGAUGUCCUUGCUAGCCUCAGACUUGACCCAAACCUCCUGUCUAAGGUACGCCAGUUGAUGAUGGGUAAGCUGUUGUCUGUCAGAUUGGACGAUUUACCUGUGAUAAUCAAAUUUAUUCUUCAUUCCAUAACAGCUACAGAUGCACUUGAGGUAAUUUCUGAGCUUCGGGAAAAGUUGGAUCUGCAGCAUUGUAUUUUGCCAUCACGGUUGCAAGCUUCCCAAAGCAAGCUCAAAAGUAAAGGACGAACAAGUUAUUUAGGAAAUGAAGAAAGCAGCGGUCAAGACUGUGUUAUUCUCCUCUUUGAUGUAAUAAAGUCAGCCAUUAGAUAUGAGAAAAUCAUUUCAGAAGCCUGGAUUAAGGCAAUUGAAAACAUUGACUCAGUGUCUGAACACAAGAUUUUUGACCUGGCGAUGCUUCUUAUCAUCUAUAGCACCAACACUCAGACAAAGAAGUACAUUGAGAGGGUGCUAAGAAGUAAGAUUCGAUCAGGCUGCAUUCAGGAACAGUUGCUACAGGGUACAUUCUAUAUUCAUCACUUGGUUCUUAAAGAUGUUUGUCCAUCCAUUCUGUUGCUGGCUCAGAGCUUGUUUCACUCCCUAGACCAGAGUAUAAUUUCGUUUGGCAGUCUUCUAUACAAAUAUGCAUUUAAGUUUUUUGACACUUACUGCCAACAGGAAGUCGUUGGUGCCCUAGUGACCCAUAUCUGCAGUGGUAAUGAAGCUGAAGUUGAUACUGCAUUGGACGCCCUUCUAGAAUUGAUAUUACUAAACCCAUCUGUUAUGAGGCUGAAUGCUGUCUUUGUGAAGGGUAUUUUAGAUUACCUGGAUAAUAUGUCCCCUCAGCAAAUACGAAAACUCUUCUAUAUUCUCAGCACACUGGCAUUUAGCAAACAGCAUGAAGCCAGCAGCCACAUCCAGGAUGACAUGCACCUGGUGGUACGAAAGCAGCUCUCUAGCACCAUAUUCAAGUACAAACUUGUUGGGAUUAUUGGUGCCGUCACAAUGGCUGGCAUCAUGGCUACAGAUAGAAGUAGAUCUAAUUUGACCCAAGGGAGAACCGACCUGAGUAAUGAUCAGUGUACACAGGUGACCACCUUGCUCCAGUUGGUUCAUUCCUGUAGUGUGCAGUCUCCUCGGGCCUCUGCACUUUAUUAUGAUGAGUUUGCCAACCUGAUCCAAGGAGGAAAGCUGGCUCCAAAAGUCCUGGAAUGGGUUGAGCAGACCGUCUUUAAUGAUUUCCAAGACGCCUUUGUGGUAGACUUCUGUGUUCCAGAAGGUGACUUUUCAUUUCCUGUGAAAGCUCUCUACGGACUGGAAGAAUGCAAUACUGGUGACGGGAUCGUCAUCAACCUCCUGCCACUGUUGUUCUCUCAGGACUUUGCAGAAGAUGAGGGUCGCGUGACUUCACAGGAACCAGGCCAAAAAUUGAUGUCUCCUUUGUGCCUGGCUCCCCAUUUCCGGUUGCUGAGACUUUGUGUGGAGAGACAACAUGAUGGAAACUUGGAGGAGAUUGAUGGUCUAUUAGAUUGUCCUGUGUUUCUCACUGACCUGGAGCCUGGCGAGAGGCUGAAGUCCAUGUCUGCUAAAGAGCAUUCAUUCAUGUGUUCACUCAUAUUUCUUACUGUCAACUGGUUUCGAGAGGUUGUGAAUGCCUUCUGCCAGCAAACAUCACCUGAGAUGAAGGGGAAGGUGCUCACCCGGUUGAAGCACAUUGUAGAACUACAGAAAAUCCUGGAAAAAUAUUUGGCUGUCACCCCAGACUAUGUCCCUCCUCUUGCAAACUUUGACUUAGAAACUUUAGAUGUAACACCUCAUAGCAGUACUGCUGGUUCAGCAAAAAUCAGAAAAAAAGGAAAGAUAGGAAGGAAGCGAAAAGCAGAUGGCAGCAAAACAUCCUCUCCUGACACACUUUCAAAAGAAGAUAAUUCAGAAUGCGACCCUACACCAUCUGAUAAAAGCCAGCUGAACAAGGAGUUCCCAGGGAAGGAAGAAAAAAUGUCGGUGUCACUACAGAAUUACCAUACUUUUUUCCGAGAGCUAGACAUUGAGGUGUUCUCUAUUCUGCAUUGUGGACUUGUGACCAAGUUCAUCUUAGACACUGAAAUGCACACCGAAGCUACAGAAGUUGUGCAACUUGGGCCCCCUGAGCUGCUUUUCUUACUGGAAGAUCUUGCCCAGAAGGUGGAGAAUAUGCUGAUACCUCCUGUUACCAGGAGAGUCCCCUUCCUCAAGAAUAAAGGAAGCCGGGAUGUUGGAUUCUCACAUCUCCGUCAGAGAUCUUCCCAAGAAAUUGCUCAUUGUGUUGUUCAACUGCUGACCCCAAUGUGUAACCAUCUGGAGAAUAUUCACAAUUAUUUUCAGUGCUUAGCCACUGAGAAUCAUGGUGUGGUUGAUGGACCAGGAGUGCAAGUUCAGGAGUACUGCAUAAUGUCUUCCUGCUAUCAGAGGCUACUGCAGAUUUUCCAUGGGCUUUUUGCUUGGAGUGGAUUUUUUGAACCCAAAAAUCAUAAUUUACUAUACUCAGCCCUCGAGGUCCUUACUAGCCGACUGAAGCAGAGAGAACAUGAACAGCCCUUGGAGGAACUGCUCAGCUUCAACCAGACUUCCCUAGCCAGACAGUUCCUCUGUCGGGUGUGGCCAAGUGGGGAGAAGGAGAAGAACAACAUCUCUAAUGACCAGCUCCAUAGUUUGCUCUGUAUCUACCUGGAGCACACAGGCAGUGUUCUGAAGGCCAUAGAGGAGAUUGCUGGUGUUGGUGUCCCAGAACUGAUCAAUUCUCCUAAAGAUGCAUCUGCUUCCACAUUCCCUACACUGACCAGGCACACCUUUGUCAUUUUCUUCCGUGUGAUGAUGGCUGAAUUAGAGAAGACAGUAAGAGGUCUUCAGGCUGGCACAGCAGCAGACUCGCAGCAGAUUCAUGAAGAGAAGCUCCUCUAUUGGAACAUGGCUGUUCGAGACUUCAGUGUCCUCAUCAACCUCAUAAAGGUAUUUGAUAGUCGUCCUGUUCUGCAUGUGUGUUUGAAGUAUGGACGUCUCUUUGUGGAAGCAUUUCUGAAGCAAUGUAUGCCGCUCCUGGACUUCAGUUUUAGAAAACACCGGGAAGAUGUUCUGAGUUUACUGGAAACCUUCCAGCUGGACACAAGGCUGCUUCAUCACCUGUGUGGACAUUCCAAGAUUCACCAGGACAUGAGACUCACCAAACACGUGCCUUUGCUCAAAAAGACCCUGGAGCUGUUAGUUUGCAGAGUCAAAGCCAUGCUCAUCCUUAACAAUUGCAGAGAGGCUUUCUGGCUGGGCAAUCUCAAAAACCGGGACUUGCAGGGUGAAGAGAUUAUAUCCCAAAAUUCCCAGGAGAGCAUAGCAGAUGAGAAUGAGGAAGACAAAUCAUCCCAGGUCUCCAAAAGCAAAAUAACAGAGGAUGGUGAAGAAGAUGAAGCAAGUGCUGAAGAAAAGGAGCAAGAUAGUGAUGAAAGUUGUGAUGACUCUGAGUAG